AUGGGUCCCGCCACGCAGUGCACGAUCCCGCCGCGUAACGUCCGCCCCGAGCAGGUCGCUUUCGGGGAGCUGAUCAACGGGACGACCGUGUUCUACGUGUGUGAGGGCGAUUCGUGGUACUGUAACGCCGUCUGGGAGUAUCGCGCCGCCGGCCAAUUCGUCUCCAACGAGCUCGGCUGCUACAAGAAGGCUGAAGUCAUGUUUCAGAAUGAUCCGAAGGAUCGAGUCGCAUGUGAUUGCAUGGCUCGCGUCAACGGCGCCGACCCUGUGGCCAUCUACCCGGCCAGCAGCGCAUUAAUAUCUCUGGCGCAGCAAUACAGGGACGCUGAGCGGGAUGAUGUCCGCGGUCCGAAAAUUGACCGUUCCUGCGGCUCGACCAUGUUCCCGAUGGUGCGCCCCGCUGGCAUGAAGAUGGCCGCCGAGGUAGCCCACUCUACCGCCGACUGUCCGUCUUCGUGGCGCUCGCUUCUCCAUCUUCUCCUCCUCGCCGUCGCCAUCCUCUUCCAA